AUGGAGUCAUCUUUCUCAUUUGGAGUGAUCCUUGCUGUCCUGGCCUCCCUCAUCAUUGUUGCUAAUGCAGUAGUGGCUGUGGCUGUGCUGUUGUUGAUCCACAAGAAUGAUGGUGUUGGUCUCUGCUUCACCUUGAAUCUGGCUGUGGCUGACACCUUGAUUGGCGUGGCCAUCUCUGGCUUGGUCACAGACCACUUCUCCAGCUCUGAUCAGGCCACACAGAAGACCAUGUGCAGCCUUCGGAUGGCAUUUGUCACUUCCUCUGCAGCUGCCUCUGUCCUCACCGUCAUGCUGAUUGCUUUUGACAGGUACCUUGCCAUCAAGCAGCCCCUCCGCUACCUCCAGAUCAUGAAUGGGUUUGUGGCUGGGGCCUGCAUUGCUGGGCUGUGGUUAGUGUCUUACCUCAUUGGCUUCCUUCCACUCGGAUUCUCUGUAUUCCGGCAGAAAACCUACCAGGGGCCCUGCAGCUUCUUUGCUGUGUUUCGCCCUUGCUUCGUGCUGACACUUUCCUUCACUGGCUUCUUCCCAGCCCUGCUCCUCUUUGUCUUUUUCUACUGUGACAUGCUCAAGAUUGCCUCCAAGCACAGCCAGCAGAUCCGAAAGAUGGAACAUGCAGGAGCACUGGCUGGAGCUUACCGGUCCCCACGGAUGCCCAGGGACUUCAAGGCAGUCCGCACUGUGUCUGUUCUCAUCGGGAAUUUCACUCUGUCCUGGACCCCCUUCCUUAUCACUAGCAUCGUGCAGGUGGCCUGCCAAAAUUGCUGCCUCUACGUGGUGCUGGAACAGUACCUGUGGCUGCUCGGUGUGGGCAACUCCCUGUUCAACCCACUCAUCUAUGCCUAUUGGCAGAAGGAGGUGCGGCAACAGCUCUACCACAUGGCCCUGGGAGUGAAGAAGGGGCUCACCUCAUUCCUCCUCCUUCUCUCAGCCAGGAGUGGUGGCCCACAGACGCCCAGGGAAAGCUCCUGUAACAUCAUCACUGUCUCCCACUCAGAGCUUGAUGACUAA